UAUCCACUACCAUCGACAAUCGCAGCGAAACGCGGGCAGCGACCACACACUUUUUUAAUACAAAAAAGGAAGAGAAGAGCCAUGUUUGAGCGUUAAAAGAAAUUAGUUAACUAUAGUUAGCAGAAGUGGGUGGCCAAGUGCAGGGUGGCCAAAAAACGCGUAACCAUUUUUCCCAGCUGCUGUGGAAAGAAAACCUCGGACGCAGUAGAAGAAGAAGAGACAGGGAGAACAACAACAACAACAGCAACAAGAAGAAGAACGACAUUCAGCAGGCCAAAUUGUUGCGUAUUGUUUUUUUUUGUUUUUUCAGUAGGUUUUUGGGUGCGAAUUUCGUGAAAAUAGUGUGGUUGCCAACAUACGCAUAACUUAUGUCUGAUAAAAGUGCGAAGGAAUCAUGUAUUAGUAAGAGUGCGAGCUGCAGCAGCAGGCGCAAGAGAAGAAAGUGAGCGAAAAAGCAACCCGAAGUACAUAUUCUAGCACCAGGCAAGCAACGUGCUUUGUUGAACGAUGUCCCAUGGUGAGGAUGUGCUAGACAACUGGGAGGAAAUCGACGAGGCGGGGCUCUCCAUGACUCUGCAAACGAAGCUGCAGGCGAGCGAUCCACCCGUCCACAAGAUGAAGCUGCUCCAACGGCCACAGAGCCUCCAGGAGUCCCCACAAAUCCUCAGCAGCGGUGGUGGCGGUGGCGGCGGGAGCGGGAAUCCCCUGCCCCGGCAGAUCACCAUUGCCCGAAAGCCCCAACCACCGCCAGCAGAGGUUGAUCCGUCUGCCCAGCAGCAGCUGCCCGUCAUGAUGGUGCUGCACAAGUCCUCCAAUGAGUACGAUGCGGCCAGCUAUGCCACGCCCACCAGCAACCAGACCGUCAAGAUCCUGCGACGACCCGCCCAGGCGGAGGAGCGACGGGACAUGAACGGGAUGCGGCCCAAGCAGCCCAUCAAAACGCUCAAGCAGCGCGAACAGGAGUACGCCGAGGCCAGACUCCGCAUCCUGGGCGCGGCCAAGAACCCCGAGGACGACAAGCCGGCGGCUCCCAGCUCGCCAGCUGUAAACAGUAGCAGUGCGGGUGCAGCUGCACCGUCAUCGGCGCCGCCUGCCACUCCCCCUGCUGCCAGCAGCAACAACAACGUCGUUAACAACAACGGUAGCCAUCCAGCAGCGGGAAUGCAUCGCUCCAGUUCGGCACCGAAGAUGUCCCAGGUGUCGCCGAUGUAUAACAACUACAACAGCUACUUCCAGGGGCCGCACAAUCAGCCGGGCCUGAACUAUUACUAUCCGCAUAAUCCGCAACAGCAGCAGCAACAGCAGCCGUCGCCCUCGAUCCAGCCGCAUUUCAACCAACGUCUGCCGCCGUACGGUGGCGGAGGAUCGGGUAUGGGAGGAGUUGGGAUGCAGUCUCAGGCACCGCCUCAGUCGUCGCCCAAUCCCCAGCAGAGCUGGUCACCUGUUGUGGGCGGAUCAGUAUCCGCUGCCCUUCUGCGCCAACAGUCGCUGCAAUCGCCGCAGCAGCAACAGCAGAAUCAGCAGCAGCUUGGCCAGCCACAUCCACAUCCGUUCAACGACCUAGUCCUGCGUUUGCCCAAGGGUCCUUGUCCGAAUGGCUCCAUUGGCUUUCAGAUGCGCCGGUAACAGACUGCAGCGAUGGAGCGCCUGUCUAUUUCAAUAACUUCUUAUUUUCAUCUUGGUACAUUGAUUCCAAAUGCAUGUUUCUAUAUAUAAAAGAAAAAAACAACCGAAAACAACAACCCACGACUCAUUCUGAGAUUCUUUGUGGCCAAACAUUGAGUUCAGGUUCAAUGUGGCGCAUAUUCGUUGCUAUAUCCACUGGCUAGACCCAAGCAUCAACAACUAUGUAAAACAAAUUUUAUGACGGACUAUGGUAGAUAUUUUGUAAAUUUACAACUCACACCACACAAUUUUGUAUAAUGCAUACUAAUAAAACAAAACCGUAAUUUUAAAAGGUGA